CUAAAUACUAGACAAAUUCAUAAAGUAAUUAUGCAUUUAGAAGCUUACACGUAAUCCAGAUACAGAUAAGCAAUUAAAAUAUGCUUAUUUUCAUUAAAAAUAAUAUUUAUUCUGUAAACAAUACAGUAUUGUUAAAUGCAUUAUAUUGGUGUACACUAAACGCUCUAAUUUUUUUGUUUAACUAUUUGUAGCCAGAUAAUUAUUGAUUUUUUAUAUAAUAUGAAACAUCAGACCAUAAUAUGAAUGUACCUUAACACAAAUGUACACAUAUUGUAAAUGAAAAAAGAUAUGUAUGAACACACAUGCAAGAGCACAAAUCUUCUCAUCUUCGGUAUAGAUUGGAUAGAUUUUAAGCAAUAGUAAAGAAGUAGAAUAAUGUGAAAAUGUCUUCAGUAUUCUAGACUUAAAAAUGUUUUAGAAAAAAAAUCAAAUACUUUUGUGGAGUGACAGUGAACCAUUUUAUUACAUUUCUUUAUGCUGAGCUGAUAAAAUCUGGAGACUUCUUUGAAAUAUUGUGUUAUAUUCCUACACUUUAGUGACAAUAUAAAUUGCUUACCAGUUGUAUAACAACUCUGAGAUUGUCUACAUAACAUCAGUAUAAAAACACGUGCAGAGAGGCAUACACGCAUUCCCGAUAAAAGGAACUGUUAUAAAGGCGUAGAGAAAAAUACCUAUUCAUCAGGAUGGAUAAGAAAGUUGAGAAUCGUCGUGCACUCAUGAAAUCAUCUGAUAUGCAAGCAGAACUACAGAAGAUUGUUGUAGACACAUGUGCAAUAGCUACAGAACAGUAUGAUGAAGAAAGAGACAUUGCAGCCUAUGUGAAAAAGCAUAUGGAUAAAUAUGAUGGUGGUGUUUGGCAUUGUGUUUUAGGCAGGAAUUUCGGAUGAAGCUGGCUUGACAUGUCUAGUUGGAAUCAGCUGUGCAGUUCAUCCUCUCAUAAACCACUGGUGUAUUCGGAUAUACACUGAGAAUGAAAAUGUUUGUGUGAAUUUUUUGAACGUCAGUUUGAGAAAUCACCAGUAUACGGAAAACAAUCACUUCAUGAAUAGUUAGGCGCUCAAAGUGAAAGAAAAGGAGCGCAACAUGCUUUCACCAAAGUUCUGUGUAAUCGCAGUGACUGAUUUACGUAUCUCAUAUGGAUGGGUAUUUCAGUUAUUUUGAAUUCCAAGGGAGAUCAGUAAUCAUUUACCGAACACAAUGAAAAAUGGCUUAUAUUUUACAAGUCUAGUGUUACUCGUACUGACACAACUACCAAGAGUAUGAAGCUGAUUCCUAUAGUUAUUUAUAUCUGUUUUAACUUACUGUCUGUCUUCUGUAAAAUUUCUCAACAUUUGAGUUUUUUCACUACAAAAAUAACUAAGCUUCUCAACUAUACUUCAUCUGUGUAUACAAUUUUCUACUGAUAAGUUUAUAACUUUUUACUGUGUAACUAGACUUUCAUAUGAAAUCAGUUACCUAAGAAGAAAUAAAAAGAAAGACGUUUUGUUAAAUACUUCCAUGCUACAUAGCUGAUUUUAAAAAAAAAUAUUUCCAUGGACAGGUAUCUUUGCACAACUAUUAUGAAUAAAUGUUUUUGUC